AGGUGACUGAACUCUCGGUUCUAGAGGGGUUUAAAAAGAGGCACACUAUGUCAAAGAUGUUGAAAAUUUAUGGUUGUCUAGAGAAGAGUGAUAAAUCAAGUACUGUAUUGAACAAGGAUCCAGGAUGUCUGGACGUGGCAAGAAGCCAGCAAAGCCUGUAAUCGAAGCCAGGAAAAACAACUCUGCAAAAGCUGGACUGCAGUUUCCAGUGGGCCGCAUCAGGCGGCUCCUGAGGUGGGGUAAUUAUGCAGACAGAAUUGGUGUUGGAGCCGCGGUGUACCUGGCUGCCGUGCUGGAAUAUCUGACAGCAGAGAUACUGGAGCUGGCAGGCAAUGCUGCUUCUGAAAACAAGAGACAGCGAAUUGGACCACGCCAUAUCCAGCUGGCAGUGAGGAAUGAUGAAGAGCUGAACAAGUUGUUUGCAGGUGUGACCAUUGCUGAAGGUGGUGUUCUCCCCAACAUCCAUGCCCAGCUUGUCCCUAAGAAAACAGCACACUCUGCUGCUCACGAAGAAGAGCUGAGGGGACCUGACUUCUGAUCUUAUGUGGCUUUUCUGGCUUGCAGACUCUUUGAAAAAGCACUUUGAAAAAGCACUUUGUCCCUUGCAUGUAGCACUUGUACUAGGAAAUAUUCUAUUAAUGUUUUUGUAGUAAUAAAAAUUCUUAAAUAUAAAA